AAGUGGUAUGCACUACUCAAAACGUCUUAACAAGUAUUUUAUUUUAAAACAAUAACAGGAAGUACUGUUUUAACUCCACUAGCUUGACACUGUUUUGCGAAAAGAGCGUCAUUCUCUCAAGACACAUUUUUCAAAUUGUAUUGUGAAGCUUGGUGAAAAAUAACCUUCCUUUUUCAGUGGUUUAACGUUAAUUUACAUCUUCCACUGACAUAUGCCGAGAUGUAGCUUUUAAAUUCGUAGCGGUUUACGUUAGCUAGCUAGCCAAAUAAAGCCAUGGACAACCAUCCAACAGUAGGCAGCUAACAAGCCUAGCUAAUGAACCAGCCAACGUUAGCAUUAACAUUCCUAACUAAAGCAGAAAGCGCCAUUUUUUGACUUUCUUCGGGAUUAACACUCGUAGGAUAAGCUGCUGCUUAUAAUUAGCGUCAUAAUGUCUUUAUCUCCUUUCACCCCGGUUUUAACUGCGGUUUGUAACGUUUUUGCCACUUGGAAAGACAAAAGUUGAACAUUAACCCCUCCUCGACUUUCUCAGAAAGCACAAAAGAGCCUGGUCUCCAAGAUGUGGAUGUGUAUUGCUGUUUUCCUGCUGUGGAUGAAGUCAGGAGGAUGCACAGAGAAAGCGAACACAUCAGACCUGAUGGAAUACACAGCUGCAGACUUCUAUGAGAAAUUGCAUUCGGGGAAGAUGAUGUUUAUUUAUUUUGAGCAUAAAGUCUCUCCAACCAUCUCUCUCUUCUUGGUGGAGUUGGAGAAGUCUGCUGAUGCUCUGCAGGAUUAUGGAGUACUGGUUGGCAAGGUCAACUGCAAUAAAGAACUGGUUCACGCAUACUGCACAGAAGAACGGGUGCUGCACACAGCGUUUCUGUUCAGGGGUGGUAAAGAGUUCUUGGGUUUUGAUUUGGACACUGUGUUUGACGUCAACUCCAUAGUCUCUGAAGUCCUGUUUGCCAUUCUGCGUGACGAGGUCAAGUACGUUCACACAGACACUGACCUGCUGGCCAUGGAGAAGGCAGCCAGAGGGAAGAAGGAUAUCGUGCUGGGUUACGUCCGCAGUCUGGGAACACAAGAGCACAGAUCGAUGAUGGAGACAGCGUAUGUGUACGGAUCCAAAUACCAGUUCAUCCUUAUAACUGGAGGCCCAGUUUUGAAGCACUUAGGUGUUAAUGAGUUGUCUCACUCGUCUCGAGUGUGGUUCCUCCACUGUAGAGUUCACAGUGGGUUUGUGAUCCCGAUGACGUGUCCUUUGACCCUUAUGAGGAAACCCCUGUCCACCUUGAGCCUCCACUCCUUUCUGCAGCUCAUGGAGGCUCCACUGGUGUCUGAGGUUUACAAUGACCCCUCCUCGGUCCAGCCCCCUCAGUUCCCCUACCAGCAGACCCCCCAAGUCUUCCUGUUCUCUCGUCCCACAACCGCGCACCUGGACCUGGACACGGCCACCACUCUGGCCUGGAGGCUCCGUGGCCUUGCCCUGCUGCUGCUUGUACACAGGCUCAAGGAAAGCAAAGGAAGAGGAAUGGAGAUCGGGAGGAAUUUGGAAUGGAGGAAAGUAUCCCAUUUUGGCCAUUUGGACGAUGAAAUUGCGGCGUCUGUCUACGAAAACCGAGGCGACUUGCCGGACAUGGACUCAAUUACCCAACUAACCUCUGACAACUUCCACACCGCAGUAGCUCAAAGCAGCCUGACAGUGGCGCUCUUCUACCUCAAAUGGGAUGCUGCUUCAAUGGCGUUUCUCAGCUCCUUCCUUGACGUUGCAGAGGGUCUUACAGAUUCCGGGGUCCAGAUGAGUGCGGUCGACUGUGGAGAGUGGACCGACCUGUGUGCUGCUCAGCCGGGCAGCUCCCUCCCGAUCCCGUUCCGGCCAAUCACGGCCUUCCCCAGUGUCUUGUUGCUCCGCCCCCAGGAGUCGGCCCAGCACUACAGAGGCAUGCUGGGUACUGAGGCGCUGCAUCGCUUCAUCAUGCUGAGCCACCCAGCUUCUCCUGUGCUGCUGUCUACCCAAGAGGAAGUGACAUCAUUCCUUCAGGAAGUGCCUCACCCUGUGCUAGCAGGUUAUACGCCUGACAGAUUGCUGGGACUGUUUGAAACACACAGAGGUGCACCACUGUUUACUGAAGCAGCAAAGUCAUUGAGAGGAGAGGUGCUGACUGGACUGCUGACAGAUGGGCUUGCAGAGAAAUGGGCAGCAGAGCACUCUGUGGACCUUCCUGCAGUGUUGGUGUUUCCAUCUUGGAGGACACACACUCAUCCUUCCGCGCUGCCUGUGUCCAGCUCUGCUGAAGAGCUGCUCUCGCACAUUAACACUGCUCUGCUGCAUCCACUGCCUGAGCUGACGGUGGAAAACCUGCCGUCCUUCCUCUCCCUGGGCAAAGCCCUCCUGCUCCUCUUUGUGGGAGAGGAAGAGGACGAAUUUGGGCGACGGCAGAACCAGGCGCUGGUGGAGGAGAUGAGAGGAGUGGUAGAGUUGGGAGGGCGGAGGAUGGAGCCAUACCUGGCCUGCUGGAUCCAUCUUGGCCGUACUCCAGCCGGUAUGUCUGUCCUGGGGUCAUACCUGGGCUAUAUGCCCCCCCUCCCUGCUUUGGUCCUCACACAUUUGCCCUCUGGUGGUGAAAUCUACCAGUACCCCCCCAACAUGCCCAUAGGGGCCCCCUCUGUCCUGCAGUGGCUGCAGAGAAUCGAGGAUGGGACUGAGUCAGCAGCAGGGUUGUUGGGUGAGGAUAGCUGGCCUCCUGCUGUCAAAUUCUACGACUUCCUGAAAAUCAUGGACAUGCAGGAACCCAACUCCGCCCAGCAGCAAACUCCUGAAGAGGAAGAGGAGGAGGAGGAGGUGGUGGACGAGAAAGAGGUGAACAUGGAAGAAGAUGUGUUAGAAGAAGCGACAGAUUCCUCCUCCAGCUCUCCCACUCCUAACAACAACCCUCACUCUGAACUGUAACACAACAGGAUGGGAGAAAAAUGAUACUAAGCCGUUGGUUAAACAUUUUUAUUUCUUCUUCAUUUUUAUUCUUUUUACUAAUAUUAUCAUGCUGUAUUUAUCAUACGAGAUUCAUUAUUUCCCUUUGGAUUUUAUUGCCAGAUUGGAAAAGAUGUAUCAAAAAGACCCACAAUGCAACGGAUUAAUAAAAGACACUGUGAACUUUGGAGUAAAAGGCAGUUGUAAUAUGAGUUAACACCUUUCUGUAGGCGUUUCCUCGGGGGUGUUUACGGGAAAGUUAAGUUUAAUCUGUUUCUUCCUGCUGUGGUUUUGUGAUAGAUUCCUGGUGAACUGAUGACAUGAUUAACUCAUUUGAACUCAUUUAAAAAAAAACAAAAAAAACUAUGUGACACUAUCUGUGUCUUUUUUCUUCAGUUUAGCUCAGCUGGUAAAGCAAACCACAGCAAGUUUGGAACCUGAGGGAGGUGGUUCAGCACCAGGCUGGUUGUGGUUUCUUAAAAUAGUUUAUUUGAAAGGUUACAAACAAAUUAUGCUGUUUUUUUAAUCAACAAAGGCAUGUUUCCAAUGUUGUCAUUUAACUGUUACCACUGUAUGGAUAUUGCAGUGACUUUAGGUGAAGGAUAUUUAUGUCCUGGGUUAUUUUUCCCAUCAUUCCACCUCCUGUCCCCAAAUGACGAAGGAGGUGGAAUAGGUUGCUUGGAAUUAGUUUGUUUUAAUUAUUAUGGUGGUUUCAGAUGUGGUUUCAGGAAGUUGUUUGAAUCAACUAGUCUCAGUUAAAAGGGAACAUCCUUCCUAAACAAUGUACUUGUAGGAUCCUAAGGGCUCUUGUGGUUUAGGGCAGAUUUUCUUUUGAACCCAUGUGAAUCUUCAGCCUCAGUCUUUAUCUUUUGUCCAAUUACUGGCUUUAUCUUUGCAAGCCGAUGGACUGAGCAUAUGAUCCAUGGACUGGCAGUUUAGAUGGUGUUUUGAUGCUGUGGGGGCUUGGUUUAUCAUACAUACAAUAAAAGAGAACAUUAAACACAAGCUAUAAUGACAUUCAAUUCAUCAAUCUCAUAUUUUGAGGUUUAAGGUAUACACGUUUAGCUAGACAACGGCAUCGGGACGUCUUCUGAAGUGUUCUCACUUGAACACAGUAAUCCUCAAAUUGAUGUAUUUAUGUAAAACAAAAUGUAUUAAAUUCUGUCACUUAAAUACUUUAUCAAACGUGCGAAACAGCGACCCACUUUAUUGCAACGGUUGGUGCAUGUUAGCCAGUCUGUGUGGUUAAAAGACGACAUUGCGGCCUUUGCACAUUGCACAUUAGUCUACCGAGAAGAGGCCAGGUGAAGUUAAUUAAAAAACAAAGGAUUCAACGAGAUGCGCGGUUACUAUCAUGGCACUGUGACUGCGAAACUGAAGUCAAGUGUGAACCCCGUCACGGUGUGGCCUCAGAACAAACCUGUUAAUUUAGUAGAAUUCCAAUGAAACAAGUGUGAAAGUUAGAGUUCGGUAAUGUUAAGUUAUUAUAACGGUUAAUGCGAACAUACUGUAUAAAACUAGGUUGAGAAAGAUAUCAGCUAACUGCGGUUUUGUAAAACAAGUUAGUUAGCUAGCUAGCAGCCAUGGAGGUGAGGAGUACUGUCAAUAUGGAUACUUAAUUUAAAUGAAAGAAAGGAGAAUUGACUUGGACGCCAAAUAACGUGAGUCAGAUACUCUACGUCUCUGUGUUGUCUGUCUUUGCUAGCCUUGCUAACCUAGCUGAUCUCUUUCCUGAACUCAUUGCUGUGUGUAGCUACAUGUUAAUAUUACGGAGGUUACAUUCUGUACUGAAUUGAGCUUCUGUUUGGUCUUUGAGUUGCUUGAACCAGUUCAUACUUUUGCUACAUUUUGUUUUUAAGCUGUGCUGUGUAUUGAGUAGUGGCGAGUUAAUAACUUAAGUUGAAUACUGUCUGCCUUCAGGCUCAUUUUUAUGUGUAUGUCAUGUGUUUUAUACAUGCAUUGAUACGUUUUUGAUGCAAAGAUAAACAUUUUAGUAUCAAGUAAGCUACUGAUCUGUAUCUGAUUUGUGGUAUAUUUGUUUAUGCUAAUACAAUACAUGUGCAAGUCA